AUGAGUCCAUUCAAGUGGUUGGCCCCCACAUAUGCGGUCUUUGGCAUAUCACAGCUUGUGGCAAUGCAUGACAUCCAUUCUAAAUUUGAAAUGAGAAUCAGCCAAGUGAAGAGCAAGUGGGUAGCUCUUGUACGCAGUGCGGCUGCGAUGCUCAGGUUGAACAUUACUUUCUUGGAUGUGGUGCAACAGCCUAUUGAAACUUCGGCCAUUGCUGAUUCCUGGGCGAUAUGGUGGCACAAUCUUGUCGAUGGUGAUCACAAGGCCCUGUUACUCAGCUUGGAUGGGAGUGGUUGCUUCGCCUGGGUUUGUGCUCCCUUGAAUAUGCGAAACAGGUUGCAGUAA